UCGAGGUGAAUGUUGAUACGCUGUGUUUGCGUACGAAAAAAGAAAAUAAAAGCAAUAGUUAGAAGAAAAUAUCACAUGUGUUGGAAGAUAACAACACAAUGACUUUUGAAGAUAUGUUCAUACAUUGCUGUCUUUUAAUGGUUAUAUGCAGCAAGUACUGUCCAUUGCAUGAGAUGCAUUGCAUUUUAAACGUAUAGAUGCGCCGUAAUAAAAUCUGUUUACAUCUUAAGGAUGUAUUGCACAGGGAAGCGAUGCCCAACAUAACAUAAAUCAGUCAUGUUUUGAUACGCUUGGACCGCUAGACCAGAAACAAAAGCGGAAAAUGCGUGAAAACAACCUUACACUUGCAAGUCCCUAAUUCUCUUGAUCGGAAACAGGUACACUGAUUUGAGAAAUUAUCCGUGGAGGCUGAAGGCAGUCAGCGCCACCCUAAACACGCGCUUUCACUGGUUAAGAACGCGGAAGAAAUGGGCGGGACCAGAUGGCUCGGCGCAGCGGCCAAUGGCGUCGCGCGGAGGCCAUGACUGACGCUUGCGUUCCAGCCAAUCGGCGCGAUCCAAAGCAGCGCGUGAACAACCCACCCAGCUGGGUAUAUAUUCAGCGAUGACAGCUCGCUAAUCCACUGCGUUUGCUUCGACAGCCCGGCGCAAAGAGGAAAUCUCGAGCACAAAAGCGACUCCUUCCAACGAAACCGUUUCGUACAGAGGUGUCCAGCAUGAAGGCGAUAAGCCCCGUCAGGUCUUUCCGGAAAAGCAGCGCGAAUGUGACGGAGCACAGUUUGGGAAUCUCACGGAGCAAGACCCCCGUGGACGAUCCCCUGAGCCUGCUGUACAACAUGAACGACUGCUACUCCAAACUGAAGGAGCUGGUGCCGAGUAUCCCGCAGAACAAAAACGUGAGCAAAAUGGAAAUCCUGCAGCAUGUCAUCGACUAUAUCCUGGAUCUUCAGAUCGCACUCGACUCGAAUUCCGCAAUCACCAGCCUGCAUCACCCGCGAGCAGGGCAGGGGACAUCCAGAACACCCCUCACAACACUCAACACAGACAUCAGCAUCCUCUCAUUACAGACACCCGAGUUUCAAUCAGACUUGAUCACAGAGGACAGCAGGACACUUUACCGUUAAUCAGGUGUUUGGUUAAGACACAAGAACACACAGGACCUGGGAACUGGCUUUUCCUCCAAUUUCUGUUCUCAGUCUGGAGUUUUUUUUUUUUUUUUUUUUUUUUUUUUUUUUUUCUUCUUUUCUUUUCUUUCCUGUAAUUGAAUCAAGAGACUUUUUUUUUUUUUUUUUUUUUUUUUUAUUAUUAUUUUUUUUUGCUUCUAAAAGGACAAUCCAUGUGAUGUGUUAUAAGUUCGGACAUUGAUUAUUUAUCUUCUAAAAAGACUUAUUUGGUCCUUUCUUCAAGAGGAAGAAGCACUAUAUUCCCUGAAAAUAGGAGGGAAACCUGUAAAUGAUCACAAGGAACCUUUUCUCGCCAUUGAGAAGAAGUCUUACCUUUUUUUUUUUUUUUUUUUUUUCUCUCGUGAAGACCGUGUGAAUAGGAGAAGACGUGGUUAGUUACUGUACAAAGUUUAAGUCUGUUUUUGUCAAUUCUUUUGGCACACGAAGGACUGGACGUUGAAAAUGACAUGAUGAAACCUUGUGAACUCUCUCAGAGUUUUAUCUUGUAUAGUUGCAGAAAUUGGACUGUCAGUAUCUGCAAAGUGUUAUGCUGUAUGCUGAGACUUUUUAUAAAAGUAAUAUUGUAAAUCGUACCUUUUUUUUUUUUUUUUAUUUUAUACAAAAUAAAUCAAAUGCUUUAUUUGA